GCCACGCUAGGCUGCGCUUCUUGAAUUCAUACCACAACGUAAUAAUACCCGUCCUCAGUCCUUUUCGCACUUGAGGGGAUAACGAACUUGUGUAGCGUUAUACCAAUCGCUUAUUCUGCCAACUGCUGGCACUUCAUGGGCUCAUUGUGCUCCAAGGCCAGGGCGCAUUCCGGGAGACAUCAGGUAUCGGGAAGCACUGCUGCCCAGUCAAAUGAUGGCACCACCGCGACACCGCCUUCUGAUCCUCGCGCCGCAGCUGCAAAGGCCGCUGAGAGAAGGUUGAAAACGGCACAUGCACGAGGUACUAAUCCCUCGAAUCCGAAUCGGGGACGACUUGCCGAGCAGGUCGUGACUGCGAAAGCGGCGAAACCAGUACCUACGUCAAGAGAUGAAGAACGCUUAGUGGUAAUGUCAAGCUCUAUGACUGAUUAUUUACCGUUCCUCACUGUCGCUACUUCUAGUGGGAUUGAAUAAUACUUUGUGCGUGUGUAUUGCCUCACCGCCAGUACAACAUGCGGGUCAUCCUUCGCUCCGGACUUCUUAUUCUGACCUUCAGGUUUUCUCGUGCUGUUUAA